GGAAAUAAUAAACAGCAGCUGCUUAAAGGUGGCGAUGAGAGCUACAUGAGAAAGGGAGUUGGAAAUAAUAAACAGCAGCUGCUUAAAGGUGGCGAUGAGAGCUACAUGAGAAAGGGAGUUGGAAAUAAUAAACAGCAGCUGCUUAAAGGUGGCGAUGAGAGCUACAUGAGAAAGGGAGUUGGAAAUAAUAAACAGCAGCUGCUUAAAGGUGGCGAUGAGAGCUACAUGAGAAAGGGAGUUGGAAAUAAUAAACAGCAGCUGCUUAAAGGUGGCGAUGAGAGCUACAUGAGAAAGGGAGUUGGAAAUAAUAAACAGCAGCUGCUUAAAGGUGGCGAUGAGAGCUACAUGAGAAAGGGAGUUGGAAAUAAUAAACAGCAGCUGCUUAAAGGUGGCGAUGAGAGCUACAUGAGAAAGGGAGUUGGAAAUAAUAAACAGCAGCUGCUUAAAGGUGGCGAUGAGAGCUACAUGAGAAAGGGAGUUGGAAAUAAUAAACAGCAGCUGCUUAAAGGUGGCGAUGAGAGCUACAUGAGAAAGGGAGUUGGAAAUAAUAAACAGCAGCUGCUUAAAGGUGGCGAUGAGAGCUACAUGAGAAAGGGAGUUGGAAAUAAUAAACAGCAGCUGCUUAAAGGUGGCGAUGAGAGCUACAUGAGAAAGGGAGUUGGAAAUAAUAAACAGCAGCUGCUUAAAGGUGGCGAUGAGAGCUACAUGAGAAAGGGAGUUGGAAAUAAUAAACAGCAGCUGCUUAAAGGUGGCGAUGAGAGCUACAUGAGAAAGGGAGUUGGAAAUAAUAAACAGCAGCUGCUUAAAGGUGGCGAUAGAGCUACAUGA